GCAUGUCUCCUCGGAGGCCGGUCAUAUCGCGAUACAACUCUGCAGGCCGCGGAGCAAACGCAGAGCAACAUGGCGGAAGAGGAGGUGGCCAAGCUGCAGAAGCAUCUGGCCCUGCUCAGGCAGGAGUAUGUAAAGAUGCAGCAGAAGUUAGCGGACACAGAAAGGCGCUGUGCUGUGCUUGCUGCUCUGUCCUCUGCUCAAGGUUCUGCAAGCACAGAGUCUGCGGACACCUUUAUUAGCCGCCUGUUGGAAAUCGUAGCGGAUCUUUUUCAACAAGACCAGUACAGUGAUAUGAAAGUGAAAGUUGGGGGAAACCAGCUCCCGGCUCAUAAGUUUGUGCUGGCUGCUCGCAGUGAUGCUUGGAGUUUGUCCAAUCUGGCAUCUACCUCAGAACUGGACCUGUCUGACUGCAGACCUGAGGUUGCCAUGGCAAUGUUACGCUGGGCAUACACCGAUGAGCUUGAACUUAAUGAAGAGGAUGGCUUUCUUAUUGACUUGAUGAAGCUUGCCAACAGAUUUCAGCUUCAGCUGCUCAGAGAACGCUGUGAGAAAGGAGUAAUGUCGUCUGUGAACGUCAGGAACUGCAUUCGCUUCUAUCAGACAGCCGAGGAGUUAAAUGCCUCGACCCUGAUGAACUACUGCGGAGAGAUUAUCGCUAGCCACUGGGAUGACCUGAGGAAAGAAGAUUUCAGCACCAUGAGUGCCCAACUUCUCUACAAGAUGAUCAAGUCCAAAACAGAUUAUCCUCUCCACAAAGCCAUCAAAGUAGAGCGAGAAGAUGUGGUCUUCCUAUAUCUCAUUGAGAUGGAUUCACAGUUGCCUGGGAAGCUUAAUGAACUGGACAACAAUGGCGAUCUGGCACUGGACCUGGCACUUUCUCGAAAAUUAGAGAGCAUUGCCACUACUCUUGUGAACAACAAAGCUGAUGUGGACAUGGUGGACCAGAGUGGCUGGAGUCUUCUGCAUAAGGCUAUCCAAAGAGGUGAUGAGUUUGCCUCUGUGUUCCUGAUCCGUAACUCUGCUCAGGUGAACGCAGCUACGGUGGGCGCAGUGGAAACGCCGCUUCACCUGGUCUGCUCUUUUAGUCCUAAGAAACAUUCAGCAGAAGUAAUGAGCGGCAUGGCGAGAAUAGCAGAGGCGCUGCUCAAAACAGGUGCAAACCCCAACAUGCAGAACAGCAAGGGCAGAACUCCCCUGCAUGAAGCAGUGGCUUCAGGAAAUGAGCCGGUUUUCAACCAGCUGCUGGCAUGCAAACAUCUCGAUCUGGAGCUGAAGGACCAUGAAGGCAGCACGGCUCUGUGGCUGGCUCUGCAGUAUAUCACCGUGUCUUCAGACAACUCGGUGAAUCCAUUUGAGGAUGAUUCUCCUGUGAUGAAUGGGACCUCGUUCGAUGAGAAUAGUUUUGCAGCUCUGCUAAUCCAGAGAGGAAGUAACCCAGAUGCCCCUGACACUAGCGCAGAAAACUGUCUAAUGCAGCGAGCGGCUCGAGCUGGCAAUGAGGCAGCAGCUCUCUUCCUGGCCACACAUGGUUCAAAGGUCAACCAUGUCAACAAAUGGGGUGAGAGUCCACUGCACACAGCAUGUCGCUGUGGUCUGGCGAGCUUGACGGCUGAGCUGCUCCAGCAGGGAGCUAACCCCAACCUGCAGACUCAGAAGUCUCUGCCCGAUGACACCCUUGGUGUUGCUAUGCAGACUCCCCUCCACAUGGCCAUUUCUCACAACCACUCUGAUGUGGUCUCCGUCAUACUUGAGCAAAAAGCAAAUGCACUUCAUGCCUCCAACAACUUCCAGAUCAUUCCAGACUUCAGUCUCAAAGACUCGAUGGACCAGACAGUUCUGGGCUUGGCCCUCUGGACAGGUAUGCACACUAUAGCAGCUCAGCUGCUGGGUUCAGGGGCUUCUAUCAAUGACACUAUGUCCAAUGGACAAACGCUGCUUCACAUGGCCAUCCAAAGACAAGACAGCAAGAGUGCCCUUUUCCUUCUCGAACACCAAGCAGACAUCAAUGUUCGAACCCAGGAGGGACAGACGGCUCUUCAGCUGGCCAUUAGUAACCAGUUACCACUUGUGGUGGAUGCAAUUUGCACACGAGGUGCAGACAUGUCAGUGGUGGAUGACAAAGGGGAUCCCCCCUUGUGGCUGGCUUUGGAGAGUGGUUUAGAAGAUAUUGCCUCUACACUGGUUCGCCAUGGUUGUGAUGCAACUUGUUGGAGUCCAGGGCCCUCAAGCUGCCAGCAGACUCUCCUGCACAGAGCUAUUGAUGAAAACAAUGAGGUCUCUGCUUGCUUCCUCAUCCGCAGUGGCUGUGAUGUGAACAGCUCCAGACAACCAGGACCUAACGGGGAGGGAGACGAAGAAGCCCGAGAUGGACAAACACCUCUUCACUUGGCGAGCAGCUGGGGACUGGAGGAGGUGGUGCAGUGCCUUCUGGAGUUCGGAGCCAAUGUUAAUACACAAGAUGCCGAGGGCCGAGCUCCCAUUCAUGCUGCUAUUAGCAACCAGCACAAUGUCAUCAUCCAGCUCCUGAUUUCUCAUCCAGACAUCCGUUUGAACAUUCGCGACCGUCAAGGAAUGACUCCCUUUGCAUGUGCCAUGACUCACAAGAACAAUAAAGCAGCAGAGGCCAUCCUGAAGAGGGAGCCAGGUGCUGCGGAGCAGGUCGACAACAAAGGACGAAACUUUCUCCAUGUUGCAGUACAGAAUUCUGACAUUGAGAGCGUCCUUUUCCUUAUUAGUGUUCAAGCUAACGUUAAUUCAAGAGUUCAGGACGCAGCCAAACUCACCCCUCUCCACCUGGCUGUGCAGGCGGGUUCCGAGAUCAUCGUCCGCAACUUGCUGCUAGCAGGAGCCAAAGUAAACGAGCUGACCAAACACAGGCAGACGGCUCUGCAUUUGGCUGCUCAGCAGGACCUGGCCACAAUUUGUUCAGUUUUGUUGGAGAAUGGUGUUGACUUUGCUGCUGAAGAUGAGAAUGGCAAUAACGCUCUACAUCUGGCUGUCAUGCAGGGUCGCCUUAACAAUGUCAGAGCUCUUCUUACCGAGUCGAAUAUUGAUGCUGAAGCCUUCAAUCUCAGGGGUCAGUCACCAAUGCAUGUGCUCGGCCAUUAUGGAAAAGAGAAUGCUGCUGCCAUUUUUGAGUUGUUCCUGGAGUGUAUGCCUGAGUACCCACUGGACAAACCAGACAACGAAGGGAACACGGUCUUGCUUUUGGCCUAUAUGAAGGGAAACGCUAACUUGUGCCGUGCCAUCGUGAGAGCAGGAGCUCGAUUGGGAAUCAACAACAACCAGGGUAUCAACAUUUUUAACUACCAAGUUGCAACCAAACAGUUGCUCUUCCGCCUUCUAGAUAUGCUGUCCAAAGAGCCCCCUUGGUGUGAUGGGUCCUACUGCUAUGAAUGUACUGCCAAGUUUGGAGUUACGACACGGAAACAUCACUGCCGCCAUUGUGGGCGCCUGCUGUGCCACAAGUGCUCUAUAAAGGAGAUUCCCAUCAUCAAGUUUGAUUUAAACAAGCCGGUGAGAGUGUGCGACAUCUGCUUUGACGUCUUAACUCUCGGUGGGGUGUCGUAACAACAUGACCUGGAUCUCACCAGUCAUCAAAAGCAGACGCUUUCUCUGCCCGAUAUGUCAAACAAAAAAUACUAACAAGCAACUCCUGGAGGAGUCCAGUUUGAACAUCCAAUAAUUCUAAUGAAAGCAGUGGGCGGUGUAACCUUUUUUUUCCCCCUGAGGUUCUUGAUCAAGUUGUUGGUCUAAAUUUUGAAGUCUCAUACUUGAGGGCAUUUGUGCCUUGAGGUCACAACUCCUGCCCAAAGAUGGUAACAUCUUUUUAUCUGAUACAUUCAUGGCCAUAAUGUGGAUCUAUUUUCAUGUCUAAAAACUUAGCAUAUCUCCCACUCAGUAUGCAGACCCCAGUAGAACCAAAACACAAGGCUGAUAUGUGGCAAUAUUUUUGUUGAUGUGGGCAGCCACUCUGUACGAUUCUAAUCAUCACUUUUAAAAAUGAUGAUUAUGUAUGAGGUUAAAAUCAAACGUGAUCGUGUUGCAGAUCAUGCUUUAGAACGCUAUUGAACUUGUAGCCUUUAUGUAACGUUCUUCGCUCAAUUUACACAUUCCAUAAGUUGCCAGAACGAGUGUUUUGUUUGCGUGUGCGUGUAUCUUGAUCCAUUCAAUUAUUUCUCAAUCUGUCUCAAGCUAUCGUGUGAUACUUUUUCUUGAUUUCAAACCCUUACAGGUGCACUUUACUGAGAUCAUGUGAUAUUUCUGAUGGCUUUGGGAAAAUGUAAAGUGAUGGCCAGAUUGUGAGGCCUCCAAGUAUUGUACAGAUAAAUGUGUGAUAUUUUUGACCACUACAACUGUUUUUGUACUUAAAUGCAGUUUGUGCUUGUCAGUGUGACAAACCUUAAUCUUGCUUCUGUUAAUCUUUUAUGCACAUUGUUUAAUCUUUUAUGCACAUUGUAUCGUAUCUGUACGCUCAGAUAUCUAGCCCAGUCUCUUCCUGGUGUAUCCUUUUAGUGAAAGGGAAGGCAAUUUACAUAAAGGUAAUCAUACAACA